UCGUACAGCUCGACUUCUACACAGAAGACCCAGAAACCAUGAUGAGAAGAUUUCUGAAGAGCCAGAAGGGCCGCUUCUCUCUCCGUCAAAGCCGAUCAGGAUCCCGCAGUGCCUCCAAAGAUUUCUACCCAAACCCUAAUGUGCUGAGAGAUUUCACACUGGAUAUUGAACUGGCCCUUCCAGCAAAUAACCAGGGUUGGCCAGAGGACUUUGGCUUCAAGCUGGGUGGAGAUGGACCCAGUUACAUCCUCUCUGUGGUGGAGGGCAGCAGCGCUUACAUGGCCGGACUGCAGCCAGGGGACCAGGUUCUGGAGAUCGAUGGGCAGAACGUCUCAUCCCUCAGCACUAAAGCCCUCAUCGCUCUGGCCCAGACCCUUAAGACUGUCCCGCCCAGCAUCGGCGUUGUGUCUAGAAUUGAACAGAUGGACAUUGCCCCGGGGCCCGAUGGUCGCUUUGGCUUCACUAUAGUGGGGGACAGUCCCCUGCUGGUGGAGGACUGCAUGCCGAACUCUCCAGCCGGCCGGAGUGGACUGCGAGUAGGUGACUAUGUGAUGGAGGUGAAUGGGAUUCCAGUGAAACAGCACGAGACGGCGGCGGCCAUGAUCAAGACCUCUCAGGGACGUACGCUGCGUCUGGGCGUGCUGCGGAUCAACCGCUGGCAGAAACGCACCAGCAGCAGCAUGAAAGAGACCUACCAGAGCGGAGACAUGGUGAGGCAGGACCGCAAGCACAAAGCCCUGGAGUUCAACAAGAAGGUUGAGGAGAUUUUAGGGGAGGAGCCUGAGGUGAAAGAGAGGCUGUUUGAUUUGCUGAAGCAGUAUGCAAAUGAGAGGGAUGUUGAAGGUCUGGCGUCUACACUUCCAGAAAUACUGCUCACCGAGGAACAUCAGCAACUGAUUGACAGCAUCAGGAUCUUCAUCCCUAAGAAGCACAGGCAGCGCUUUGAUGAGAUGGUCUCCCAGAGUCUGAUCAGUCGCUUGAGGGGCCGCAGCUUCAGCGAGCACAGGAACAAUCGGCUACGACGCAGCCGGAGCGAAGACCACCCCGAACGGCUGCUGUCUGUGUCCACCCGAGCCAGCUCUGUGCCCCGGACCACCAAUGAAGAAGUGGUCAUGCCUCCUGGCCGUGGCCUCCGCAAGACCACCUCACUCAUCGCAGGCCAUGCCAGCUCCUUCUCCACCCGCAGGACUGUACGGGUGUACAAAGGGAACCAGAGUUUCGGGUUUACUCUGCGCGGCCAUGCUCCAGUGUGGAUCGACUCUGUAAUACCAGGCAGCCCUGCUGAGAAGGCGGGUCUCAAACCUGGAGAUCGCAUCCUGUUUCUCAAUGGGUUGGACAUGAGGAACUGUUCACAUGAGAAGGUUGUGUCCAUGCUGCAGGGGAGUGGGGCAAUGCCCAGCCUGGUGGUUGAAGAUGGCUUGCCGGCCUUCACUGUGACCGAGCCCGAACAGGUGGAGGUUUCUCCCCGCUCCCGUGCUCCUGUGCUUAGCUCCCUGCAGUGGAUUGCAGAGAUCUUGCCUCCCAGUAUCCGCGUACAAGGUCGCACCUUCAGCCAGCAGCUUGAGCACCUUCUCACACUCCAGGAGAGAUACACCAUCUGCAAGGCCCUGGAAGCCUUCUUCCAGCACAGAAAUGUAGACACUUUGAUUGUGGACAUCUUCCCUGUGUUGGAUACCCCAGCAAAACAGGUGAUUUGGCAGUUCAUUUACCAGCUGCUGACCUAUGAGGAGCAGGAACACUGCCAGAACAAGAUCUCCCAUUUCCUUGGCUAUAAAGUUACACUGCCAUCAGCAGAACCUGAACCUCCAGCCCAUGAGCCUCAUAGGCGUAGCAGCUCCAUGAAGGUGACAGGAACCACCUACAGGAGCAGUGUGAGGGGACGCAGCUCAGAUGAUCUGGUCAUCGGCACUCACCUGGGAAUGGGUAUUUCCACUGAGCCAGUGGAGGUUGCACCUAUGCGACUGACUCCUGCAGAGAGACAAUCAGGGGAUGGAACAUCCUUACCAGAGACGCCCAACAAUCUGACUAAUCUGUCAGCUGUGUAUGCUGAGCUGGAGAAUGUCUAUGCCGGGAAGAGAUCCAAAUCCCUGAAGACUCGACCUCCUCCAGCUCCUGAAACUCUGGUUAACGUAGAUAUCUUCCCACAUGCUUCCUCACAGUCCAUCAGGGCACACUCUUCUUCUCCAUCUGUUAGGGCCACUUCAGGUAGCCGCAAAUCUGCAUCAGCCCAGCAUGUGCCGCCACCUCCACCACCUCCUCCACAACCUGACUCUUGGUCGCAGGAGCCUCCACUGAGUCCCCAGUGCCUCUGUUACCCUUCAGAUCUUCCCUCUCAAACCAGUGCUGAAUCCAACCCAUACAUCAGUUUAGACAGUCCACCUCUCUCUCCACCCUCUCCUCCGGACUACCCCCCUAGUCCACCCAUUCGGAAGAAGCGAUACACCUUUUCACGUCCCCCUCGUACCCCUGACACAGAUUUGUUCAUGGAGGUUCUGAGUGAACAGCUAGGACAGCAGUUAUCUGUGGAUGACUUCCUGUCACCAGAGAAUGACUAUGAAGAGGAAGUUGUCCAGAUGACAUUCCAGAAUGAGGAAGAGGAGGAAGAGGAAGAGGAGGAGGAGGAGGAGGAGGAGGAGGAGGAGGAAGAGGGUCCGUACAUGCCUCCCGAGCUAAGCAGUCCAAGUGAAGUACAUAGUAGCAGUGAGGAUGCCAGCUCUCUUACCUACUCCUCCAGCUCAGAGCACAUUCCUCCACCCCCUCAGACUCCUCCUCCCCCUCCCCCUGUCCAGUUUAAUGAUCCCCCUCCACCUGCUAGAUUCACUCCUGACCAUGCACCCCGACAGCUGACUUUCCGUCGCCACCCGGGACCUCCUCCGCCACCUCCGCCAAGAGCUAAUCCACCUCCAAAAAGACAAUCCAUUCGCAAGGUGCUGCCCACAAAUGAUGAGCUGAUGACCCAGCACCAAGUCUUUCAGGAGCACCACUCGCUUCCAGUUCAACCAACAGCCAGCCACCCUCAGCAAUCUCAGCAGCAGAUGCAUCAGUCUCUGCCCCCUAUGCCCUCUCCAGAAAUAAACCAGUCACCCAUCCCCAGUCAUGCAAUCUAUGAGAUGCACCAUCAGGUUCAUCCAGCUCAGCAGGUACAUCAACACCACCAGGUGCAACAGGAACACCAGAUGCAUCCAAUUCAUCAAAAAAAACCAAGUCGCCAGUCUCAGUCUAUCAAAGUACACCAAAGCCAUCGCUCACACCAGACUAUUCAGACUCAACUCUCUAGCUCCAUGGAUAGGCUUGACAGGAUUGAAAGAAAAGAACACUUUGAUAGACAUAUCUAUGACAUGCAGCCCCAACCCUUGCAUCCAGAACAACAAGUACACCAUGAUUAUCAGAUGCAUCAGAGUCAUCAGGCUCACCUCUCAAGCUCCAUGGAUAGACUUGACCGAUUGGAGCAGAUCCAGCGUUUGGAACGAUUGGAGCAUAUGGAACGAAUCGAGAGACUGGAGAGAGUGGACAGACAAAUGCACCUGGCACACAUGCCUCAAGCAGUUUCUCAUGCUAUUCAACCAUCUCAACAAACUCAGCAACAGUACCACCACCAGAUGCAUCAAGCUCAUCAAGCCUACCCACUAACCCAGUCUCCUCCACCAACCCGCCACAUUCAUCAGAUUGAGCACAUACACCAGGUUCAGCCAAUCCAGUCAGCUCCUCAGUACCAUCAGAUCCAUCAGCCCCACCAACCUCAACAGACCCAACAGAUUCUAUCAACUUUUCAGCCUCAUCCUUCACAACAGCAGCAACAACUUCAGCAGCAGCAACAGCAAAUGCAGCAGCAGCAACAACUUCAGCAGCAGCAACAGCUUCAGCAGCAGCAACAGCAGAUUAGGCAGCACCAGCUUCAGCAGCAGCAACAGCAGAUUCAGCAGCAGCAGCUUCAGCAGCAGCAACAGCAGAUUCAGCAGCAGCAGCUUCAGCAGCAGAAACAGCAGAUUCAGCAGCAACAACAGCUUCAGCACCAACAGCAGAUUCAGCAGCAGCAACAACAUCGCUCAACCCCACAGAAUCACCCCAUUGCACAGGCCAGACAGAGCCCGCAACCCAUGUACCACGAUCAUCGUCACCACCAUCACAACCACCUUGAGGCCCAGUCCCAAAUACAACCACCAAGUACACCCCAACCUCAAACUCACCACCACAAUGAAGGUUCAACUGUGGAGCCACCUCCUCCUCCACCUUUACCCCCACCUUGCAUGCCUCCUCCGCUCCCAAAGACCUCACCGCAAAAAUCUGAUUCCAGUCAUAUGAGUGUAAAGCGGUUACGAUGGGAACAAGUGGAAAAUUCUGAGGGAACCAUUUGGGGACAGCUGGAAGAAGACUCUGAUUAUGACAAGCUGAGUGAUAUGGUGAAAUACCUAGACUUGGAGCUUCAUUUUGGGACACAAAAGAGCCCUGUUUCUCUUCCAGAACCCUCACCUCAGGUGGAGACUUUCAAGAAGAAAGAUGUGGUGGAGAUUCUCUCCCAUAAGAAAGCCUACAAUGCUUCAAUUUUGAUUGCCCAUCUGAAGCUGUCACCAAGUGAGCUACGCCAGGUGCUGAUGACGAUGUCGAGUGAACGUUUAGAGUCCUCACAUAUUAAACAAUUGCUCCUAUAUGCACCAGACGAUGAUGAGGUUAGACAAUACGAGCAGUACAGAGACGACCCGAGUAAACUCAGUGAGCCCGAUCAGUUUGUCCUACAGAUGCUAUUUGUGCCAGAGUAUAAGACCCGUUUGAAAAGCCUGCAUUUUAAGACUACAUUGCAAGAGAAAACAGAAGAGAUGAGGGGGGCCUACGACUGUGUUUUCAAGGCUUCAUUGGAGCUCAAGAACAGCAAAAAACUGGCCAAGAUUCUGGAGUUUGUGCUGGCUAUGGGGAAUUAUCUGAAUAACGGCCAACCCAAGACCAAUAAAACAACUGGAUUUAAGAUCAAUUUUCUCACUGAACUUAGUACCACCAAAACAGUGGAUGGAAAGUCAACAUUUCUGCAUAUCCUGGUGAAAUCAUUGUGCCAGCAUUUUCCCGAGGUUCUGGACUUUGGGAAGGAGCUUGACACAGUCCCACAAGCCGCCAAAGUGAAUCAGAGAAACAUCACUUCUGACUUCAACGACUUACAUGCCACAAUCCAGGACAUUCGUUUCGCCUGCCAGAAGAUGCCAGCCACUGCUGAGGACCGAUUUUCCAUUGUUAUGAGUGGGUUUCUGGAAAACAGCCACCCUGCAGUGCAGUCUCUGGAGUCUCUGCAGCAGAGGGCAAUGGAAGAGUUCUGCAAAGUUGCAUCUUUCUUUGGUGAGGAUGGAAAGACCACCACCACAGAGAGUUUCUUCGGUAUCUUUGCCGAGUUCAUGGCUAAGUUUGAGAGGACUUUGAGUGAUAUCCAGUCUACAGAAAACCCUCCACGCAGCCCCAGGAGCCCUCGCAUGACCUCUCCUGAAGCCUGGUGAAGAACCCACCCAACAUGAGGCAAACAUACUCAUACAAACAAAUGAUUAGAGACUUACAGUACAUAAAUGUUCACUUACUGUCCACUGUCCAGUCUAAAUUUAGUUAUAGGCCUAUAGUAAGUCAAGGACAUGUGUACAAUAGCAACUAAUGCACAUGUGAACUUCCAGGCACAGUUAUAAAAGUGAACUCCCAGGCACAGAUUGGACAGGAAAGCUUCUGUAGUAGAGCAAAAGGUACAGGGAAAGAUGGGCUGGGAUGGACUCUGUGAUUGUUCUUGGCACUCAAAGACCAGGAAUGGAGUCAAUAGUUGGGGCAAAAUUGCCACAAGACUUUUUGCUGUGGAUUUUGUAAAUCAUAAUAAGUGCAGUUAGAUAAGAUGUUUAAUUUAGAAUGUAAUUAGGACUGUGGAUGUCAGAUCUCGACUGACUUGAUAUUUUAAUGAAGCCGUUGUUUAGGAGAAGUGCUUUAACAAUGUGUCUUAAUUCUGCUUUAAUGUAUUCAAACAUCCUGGGUUGGAGUUGUUUGUUGGUCAUUGUACUGUAAACCAAUAUUUUGAUGAUUUAAUGUCUUAAAUGAUAAAAAGUAAUUUCUCAUACACAGAAUAUAUAAGUGCAAAGUGAAUAGAUCAAGAUAUAUUAUUGUACAAUACAAGAUACGGUUCUUAUAUUAUUGCUUUACUAGCUAUUGAAAACAACGAUGAGCUAGAUUAUGACUUCACUAAAUGCAUUUGGUAUUUUUAAAUAUUAACUUUUAAUUAACAUUUAACUUUUGUGCUGCUUUUAAUUCUUUAUUCCCAUAGUAAUAAUAAUCAUAUGAUUCCUGUAUCAUUCUGUCCAUCGCACUGAGUUAUAAUGAAUGUUUAAAGAAUUAUAUGGAACUUUCCGUGUGAUUUUUAUUAAACUAUCGGAAUGUAAAAAUAAAUAAAUAAAUGCACAUGUGAUUGAGACUUUAUCAAAAUGUUGACUGGUUUUCCAGGUGUAAAAAUCUUUAUAUAGUAAUAUUUAUCAUUGAUAUUUAUCAUGUUUAUUAUUAACUCAUCUUUGCCUCUUUUUUGUUUUAAUCACCACUGAAUGUAAGGUACUUGUAAUAUGAAAAAAAAAGAAAAUGUAUGCAUCAUAGCAUAUUUCCUAGCUGUCAUUUAUUAUUGUUAUUUAUAAUUUACAAGUCAUUAUUUGAAUGUCAGUAAAGUUCGCAACAUGUUUGUAUUUUACUUGUUGUUUUAAUGGUUUAUUUUAGGACAUGUUUCACAAUGUUAAAAGCUAAUUUCAUACUCUCAUCAUGGACGGGAUGAUGGCCCAAAGAAAAAAAUGAUACAAUUGAAGGACCUGGACUGAAAGUGCCAUAUAAGACAAAUAUCUGUUGUUAAUACAGUAAAUGCAAAAAAAAAAAAACACCAACUACUGAAGUUAUGAACACUUCUAGGGCAGUAUACAGGACUUUAAUUAUUGUUCAUUAAUUUGAGAAAUUACAUGAAAGUUAUUUCAGAAUAUGUUUUCCUUUCUUUUGUAAUGAAUCAUGUAUAAUCCAUGCUGCUGCUUCUACUAAGUAACUCUGUAUAAGAGAUGUUGCAACAUUCUGUUGUCAUUACUGUUUUGGUAAUAAAAUGCUCUUACAUUUUAA